UCAGCCCGUCGCAGCUCCAGCCAAUCAGGGAGUUCUCCGCGCCUCACUCCGGUCGCCUCUGGUCGCGGCCGCGGAGACUCGCCGGGGCCGGUCCAAGGCGAAGGUCUGGAACCGCGGCGGGAACCAUGGAGAAGGUCCCCGCAGUGGGAACCAUAGCGAAGAUCCCCGCAGUGGGCCUGGGCACCUGGAAGGCUUCUCCAGGAGAAGCUGCUGAGGCAGUGAAGGUGGCCAUUGAUGCGGGGUACAGGCACUUUGACUGCGCUUACUUAUACAACAACGAGAAUGAGAUAGGAGCAGGAAUUCGACACAAGAUCAAGGAGGGUGUCGUGAGACGAGAGGACCUGUUUGUUGUCAGUAAGCUGUGGUGCACCUAUCAUGAGCCGUCCUUGGUGAAAAUGGCAUGCAAAAAGAGUCUGAAGGCCUUGAAGCUGGAUUACUUGGAUCUGUACCUGAUGCACUGGCCAAUGGGCUUCCAGCCUGGAGAAGAAGAUGUCCCUUUGGAUCUCAGCGGUGUAGUUAUACCUAGUGAUACAAGCUUCUUGGAAACAUGGGAGGCCAUGGAAGACUUGGUGAUUAAAGGACUCGUGAAGGACAUUGGUGUGUCAAACUUCAAUCAUGAACAGCUUGAGAGACUUUUGAAUAAGCCUGAUUUGAAGUUCAAGCCAAUAACUAACCAGAUUGAGUGCCAUCCAUAUCUUACUCAGAAGAAUUUGAUUCGCUUUUGCAAAGCCAAAGAUGUGUCUGUGACUGCUUACCGUCCUCUUGGUGGCUCGAGGGAGGGAACGGACUUGCUGAAUAACCCCACGAUUCGGAGAAUUGCAAAUCACUAUAACAAGUCAUGUGCUCAGAUUCUGAUCAGGUUUCAGAUCCAGAGGAAUUUGAUAGUGAUUCCCAAGUCUACCAACCCAAAGCGGAUUCAAGAAAACAUCCAGGUGUUCGAUUUUGAAUUAACAGAGAAUCACAUGGAUGAAAUCAUGAGUCUUAACAGGAACCUUCGAUUGGCCACAUUCCCCACAACUGAAAGCCACAAAGACUAUCCUUUCCACAUAGAUUUCUGAGAGAGCAUCUCUUCUGGCUGCUGCUCUGCUCACACAAAUCGGAAGGUUGGCACCAUUGAGCCACCUCUGCAAGGCUCUGCAGUUGCCAUAGACCAGCGUUAGCCAGGGAUGGGACAACAGAGUGAGUGUCAGGGGAUGCUUGCCUGGAGCAGAGCCUGCUUCUCCGAGAAAUUCAAAGAACUAAGUGUCAUCUAAGUAACGGAAAGAGUGUAGUUCCCUGAGGACUUGGGAACUGUCUAGGGAAUCCCCACAGUUCUGAAGGAUCAUGUAAUGCAAGUUAGUCCAUGUGGCUUCUAAGCUCUAAAAAAAGACAUCCUGCUUCCUAGAUGGAGAGGUAGCAGCACACCCUCUAUGUGAUCUUAAAGCAAAAUCCUUACCUGUAUGGAAAGGAAACUGGUAAAUCUAGAGCUCCAUCUUCGUCAAAACAGAGAUUUUUUUUCUUAUUUUAAAAUCUAAAUUUUAAUUUUUAAUACUAUUUUUAAAUAAGGUCUUCUGGUAAGUCAAAUUAUUCCUGUGGAAACCCCAAAUCAGAGAGGAAAUAUGGCUCCUGCCCCCCAUACCCCCUGGUGUAGCCUAUCCUCCGGCAGGAAGCGGCCUCCCAGGUGAGCCGAGUGUGAGGCACUGAGUGCUGCCUUGCUCAUCCCUCAGAGUAUCUGGCCUCGUUCUACACUCAGUUCCAUACCAACUCUCUGGGGACCCUAGGGGAUAGAACUUCUGUCACUGACCUCAGGCUCCUAGCCAGGGAAGUUAAGAAGAAAGAAUGUCCAUUGUCUGCCCCACAGUGCUCCUUAUGGCCUCUCCCCUCUUCACGUGUCUCCACUUCCAUCUUAGUAUGAGCCUGUCAGCAUUUCUGGUGCAAGACUCAGGGUAGGCAGGGUGUGAUGUCCCAGCGGCUAUAGGAGCUGGAUGGGGAUGGCUUCCCUCCAUGUCUGUUUCCAUUCCCAUCUUAUCCCUAUUGGGCCAACUGAGUUAGGAGAGUAGGUUCUGUAGUCAGAAAUGGUGACUUUCAAGCUCUAUGAUACUGAGCAAAUGAGUUUGCUUUCCAGAGCCUCAGUUUCUGCAUCUGCUCAAUAAGAACAGGCUAUUGCUCAUACAGAUUGUCUCCUAGAGGUAGGAAUAUCCUGGCUCUGGGCCCCAAGAGAGGGUUUUGCUACAAAAAGACAUCUAUUACUAAUACAACAGCCUCAUGUGAGAAUAAUCAUGGCAGAGGUAGAAUUUGGGGUCAGUUCUGUAUGGAUUGACCAAAUCUCCAAGGAAAAGUUUAAUAAAAAGGCUAUCUUUAAAGACCCUGGGGAGUGGAGGGAUAUUUGGGAGUCUCCUACCACCUGCAUAUUCUCAGGCAGUGUCUAACUACUCCUUCCCUGCUCCACAUCCAUGCACUUUAAAAAUUUUUCCAGGUCCAUGAAAAUUUUGACCAAGGCAUAAGAGUAGUUAUGAAGACAGAUAGAACCAUUUUAUUACCCUAAGCAAUAAUCAGCCAGGCAAACUUAAAAUAUAACUGUUAGGUGUUUAGGAUGCCAUGCAACUGGGCAAAACCCAUUCAUUGGAAGUUUUUUUUUUUUUUUUCUUUUUCCUUUUCCUAUCUUAGCUGAAAUGCCAAGAGAAAAACUUUUAAGUGGAUUUGUGUUUCAAUUUGUAUUUAUUUUAAUAGAAGAAAAAAGGAAAGAAAAUAUAAAACAGAAAAAAGAGAGAGGUAUUAUUGGAGUCAAUUCUUAACCUGCUCACUGCUUGAAAGCCAAUACUUAGGAGAGGAGAAUUGGUGCAGAGGAAAUCAGGUUUCAUCAAGGGCAGCACCUGCACCCAAAAGACCAUUUUAGAGAACCUAGGUAUGUCCCAGGGCUUUUAUAGGGUAGGAAAGGAGGUGCAGCAGUGGGACAACAGGCAGGAAGGCUGUUGGAUGGGGUCUUCAUCACCCUGGUGUGUCUUUCCUUCUCUCUCUUUUUUUUUUCUUUUAUUCUUUCUGGCUAGGACACCACAAUUGACCUUGACCACCUUAGGCUAGUUUGUUCAGUUAUUUACACAAAUAUGUUACUUUUCUGCAAGUUAAACAUCUCAACAGUUUAUGGAUUGUGUGCUAGUUGAUGCUCAGGAUUGCAGCAUAAGAAAGGGUGUUCUACAUUCUGAUGUUAUCCAAAAGUGCACCCCAUGUUCUGGGGUCUGUAAAUCUGAAGAAAGAUUAUUUAGCCAGUAACAUCUAGAUCAUUUAGGUGCAGCUUUUCUUUAGAAUUUAGGAUGUCAGAUAAAGGGAGAAUGUUGUGGUUUAGAUCUGGAGUGUCCCCAAAAGCUCAUGUGUUAGGCAUUGUAGCAUGUUCAGAGGGCAAAUGACUGAAUCUCUCCAGUGGAUUAUAAUUUGACUCCACCUACUGGGAGGUGGUGAAUACUACUGGCUGGGGCAGUGUGGCCUUGGGGUUUAUAUCUUCCCCUGGGUGCUUCCUGUCUCUCCACCCAUCCCAGCUGCCUUGAGCUGAGCAGAUUUCCCCACCACACCCUCUGCCUCAUGUCUGCCUUGCAGCCAGCACACCAUGGACUGAAAUCUCUGAAACCGAAGCCAAAAUAAAUCUUCCCUUCUCUAAGUUGCUCAUGUUAGGUAUUUUGAUCACAGUGACAAAAUGCUGACCAACACAGAGCAGCGGUCCAAGGAGCUAAACAUCCUUUACAUGUCUGCCCGAUAGUUGCAGUGUAAGAAUUAUCUUUUCCCAUGAAUUAAAACUGAAAACAAUACCUGCAUAAGAAUGCAAAGAACAGCCACUUGAGGCACUUUCAAUUAGGUAUUCACAUCUUCCUUAUAUGCUUUAAAAUUUUGAGAUCCCAUUUUGUUUCAUAUCAAUCUCUGGAGAGUAAAGAAAAGUGCUUCAAGUCCUGUCACAGAAUCAUCAAUGUUUUGCUUUGACAGGUAUAUCUGGGCACAGGAUCUUUGUUUUUUUAACUUGGCAGAUAGCCUUUGCCUUAGUUUGUCCAAUCUGUGACCAAACUUUCUUUACUUGCAUGGAAAUUGUCUUGUCCCUGGCAGGUACCCUAGUGUCAACCAUGCCUGUCUGUGACCAGGAGACUAUCUUCAAAGUGUACAGUCUUUAAUAGAUGGUGAUGGUGACCUUAGUGGCUCUUAAUUUGAUGUCCCAUGUUCACCAUUUCGAAUACUUAUUUUUGCUCUCAGAAGAUUUUCAGAAACAAGUAGGGAGAAAAAUAGUAAGCUAAAUCAAUUGUUGAUGCACAUUACUAACCAAAAAUGAAACCAAAAUUAAAGUGUUCACAAAAACAAGAAAACUUUUCAAUUAGGCAUUCAAAUUAUAUAUAUAUAUUGAACUAGGCACACAGAACCAAAAGAGAACUCACCAGAAGACAAAGACGUACUCAGAAUGUGAGUUCUGUGAUAUCUGAGUACUCACCCAGAUGGUGCCCUUGCACCUGAGAGAGCUUGUCAUAAAAGACAGAAGAUACCUUUUGUCCCCCAAAGAGAGGCAAAGUCUUUCUUAAGGUUACCUUAUUUAAAGCCAAUGCCAAGGAGUCAACAGGGAGCAUCUACCAGGUUUACCAGAAGGAGGGCAGAGCAUGACCUGAAAUAAGACUCACCAAGCCCAAAAGACCAAGGUGCAGCAAUGGAGAAGGCUGAGGCGAAUGUCAGAGCCACACUCAGCUCCAGGACCCUCAGAGACCAGGUACCCUCAGAGAACCUCGCCAAAGAUUUCACUCCAGACACCAGAUAUGCCAGCCUAAAUGACAGAGUCUCUAAAGAGUAGCAACACACAUUGGGAAAUGGCAGAGUGCUCUCAUGGGAAUGCAGUGUGCCCAGCAAACUCUAGAUAGACAGACUGGCAGAGCUGGGCACAGGACUCUGGCUCCAGCAAUGCCUCCUUCUCUUUGGUAUCGGUUUAAGUUAAGCAGGGUACAUUUUAGCUUAAAGUCCCUUUUGUCUUAACCAAUAGAUAGAUCCCUCCUUCUGACCCAAAUUGUGGGGAACAUUUGGUCUUGUUUCCACCCAGGACUGCUCUUCUAUCAGUAAGUUCUUCAAAAUCUACAGGUGUGUAUCUCCAGAAUAAAAAUUGGUCCUGCUUCUGUAGAAGCAGGUAGUGCUCUUGAGUGAAAAAUUUAAAUAAUAAUUAUGAAGUCUAAUACAUGCUAACAAAGACCUUUCUCAAUGUUUUUUUGUGAUAUGUAUCAUUUGUUUAUUUAAUAUUUUUCUGCAUGUGAAUGAUUUGUCUUCAAAUAAGGAUAAAGUUAUGGAAAUCAGUCUUCCUAAUGUCAAGAGCAUCCUGUAGCUACAGGAGUCAGAACGCUGUAGUAUGGAUGGAGGAGUAAACUCAUAGAUUAAAGGAACAAACAGAACACCCAGCAACAGACCUAUACAGUAACUCCAACCAAUUUUCACAGAGGUACAGGAACAACUCAAGAAGGAAAGAGCCUUUUCAACAAAUUAUGCUGGAAAAAUUGACCAUCCACAGAGGGGAAAAUGAACCUUGGCUAACGUGUCAUGCCUUUAACACAAAGACUAAGUCAAACUUUAAAGAACCAAGGAGAAAAAUUGGGAGGGUAUAGGAAUAGGGAAGGAAUUUUUAGAUUUGAAACCAAAAUCAUCAUCCCAUAAAUGGGAAAAUUUAUGAAUUGGACUUUUUCAAAAUAAAAAAAAAUUGUUACAAAAUGCUCACAAAAGAAAUUAAAGCUUUUACAAAUA